CUGACGCCUCCGUUGGGAGAGAGAAAGGACGCCCUGGUGAUUCACACCACGCCCCACCGCCGGGAUCUAAAUGAUGCCCUGCUCUAGCACCAUGACCAAAGCCGUUCUGUUCCUGUCGGCGAUGUCGUUCCUGACGGCAGACUGUUACACCAAUUUCCAUCUAGCCAGCGCACCCGUCCGCGUCCGUCACAGUGGGCGCACAAGCAGCAGCGCGGGCCCAGCGCCGAGAUUAACUAUGGAUGCGGCCGACGUGUGCCGUGGGGAGCAAUCGACGCCAGGCUGGGUACGCCUCGCUCAAAAAAACUCGGCGCGCGUCCGUGUCGGCGAUCGGCUUCCCGAUUCGAUCGUGAGGCGCCUCGACGAUGACGGCAUCGUGAAGGAGUUUUCGAUCAGAGACGUCUUCGCUGGGAAGAAAGGAGUUCUAGUAGGCGUUCCGGGGGCGUUCACGCCCACCUGUUCGGCCGUCCAUCUCCCCGAGUUCGUGGACAAGUCGGGAGUGCUCGCCGCGAAGGGUGCCGAGCUCGUGGCGUUCAUUUCCGUGAACGAUGCGUACGUGAUGAAGGCGUGGGAGGACAGCCAGCAGGCUAAGGACAAGGUGCUCAUGCUCGCGGACGGCAAUGGCGACCUCUCUGCUGCGCUAGGCAUGAUGGUAGACCUCUCGGCGCAAGGCAUGGGCCCCCGGUGCAAGCGCUUCCUCUGCGUGGUAGAGGACGGGGUGGUGACGCAUACCCGGAUGAGCGACACGGUGGAGCUGGUCUCGGCCAGCGCGGUGGAGAAGGUGCUGUCCGGCACGGACGGGGGAGAGCGGGGACCCCGCAAGGGCGGUCUGUUCGAAAAGCUGCUGGGGAGGGAGGUCGAAACGAGGGCAGCCGAGGCGGAGACUUUGGGGAGCGAAGGCCUGCUGCGGGCGUAAGGCUUGGGUGCACCGCCGUACGCGAAACUGCAACCCGGUUUCGGGAAGGAACUGCCUGCUCUCGUGGAGGAGCAUCAGGAAAUACUCCCAGUACUGAGGUUGACCACCCUCUCAGGUUAUCAGCUGGGCAUGGGGAACAGGCCAGCGAGCUUCGAGAAGACGGUUGAUUCGCGGUGUGCUCUGCCAUGCGGCCUGGGGUGGGGAGCUUUGGCCUCGGGACUGUGUAUCCAACCAUCCGCUCCCAAGGCGUGGCGUGAGACCCGCAAUUGACCGGGCCGAUCGGCUUGCUUGCACGAGCCGUUUUAAAUUUUUCUGCGAAGAAUUGCAUCUUGUUUGUACCUGUAGUGAAAGCCAACGUAGUAGGAGUGCUCUCAGCAGCCUUGUGGAUAGGGUUACGCUCGUUGCUUGUUCGGUGGUUUGUUUCGCGAGGUAUUUGUCAGCGAGAUGCCGCGCAACAUGCGGGCACAAGGCGCUUGCCGUAUCUUUCGCAUCAAACAGAACCCAACUAGUGCUGUGAUUUGUCACGUCUAAAAUCAAUGCCUACUGCACCCGAUAGUUUAGUUAUGACUGGUGUUGCCAGGCUUGAAGGGUGAACCCACGAUUUGUGGAGUGGGAAAGACGCAAUCAAUAGACGGGAGGCUCAGGCGCUUGAGGGCAGGCAUAGAUCCAUGUUUGGGACGAAGGAUAGGGCGUCCCCUCCAAGCAACUAACUUGUUGGACCUUGAUGCUCUUGGCGGCAUCGGCAACGGGCUCACGAAUCCUGUGAAAUAGUAAGGUGGCGUUGAACCCACGACACCUUCCUUGUAUUGCUCAGAAUGGAGUUACUUCAGCGGUGACCGCGAGAAUGGUGGGGGGCGGGGGGCGGGUUGAGUUUUGUCAGGGUGCCGUUAGGGCCUAAAGGGGUUUUGUUGUAGGCGUUCCUUCGUUUCGGCUGUGGAAGUGUUGGUGGGAAUUGCGUGCUUGAGCGUAGUUGGAGUUGGCGGAAAUUCACAACGUGUGGACAGGGACGAUAAAGAGGGGACUUGUUGCAUGGUAACUGAGUUGUGUUCGCUCUUUCUUGCAGAAGAGGGUGGCUCUUAUGGAGUAUUGGUUUUUGGUAUCACCGGCUCUAUGGUUCCCCAAUGGCUGAAAGUAGGCCAUACCAGACAACACUUUUGUCCCUGGUAUCUGCCGUGGCAUAGUAUGACUUCGUGCCUAUCUGGCAUCGUGCUGGUUACAUGUUGGUAGUAAAGUGUGUUGAGCGUACUGUGACAAGUUCCGUAGUUCAUUGUGUUGGGAUUCGUGAGGUUUUUGCGCUUGGGCACGCUAUCUUUGGGAUGGGGUCGUGGUUCAAUAGAUAAAAUCCUAUUUAGGUGCUACGCUGCAGCGUUCAGUCGACGGCAGCGCAACGUACCUGUGCAUUUUCAACAAGUCUGGUGAAAGCAAUGCCACCCAGGCUGUGCAAAGCAGAACAAGCACCAUCCCCGGAAUCUUUCCGCGUUGGCUGUCUCUCGUGGAC